CUAGGUUAAAUUACAAGAUUUAAAUAAAUAGAUAUAUUUCGAUUUUACAUCAUUUCUUUUGUGUAAUAGCCCUAACAGUCUUGGAGUCUUGCUCGCGCUUUCGGCGGGGUCGGACGCUUCUCGUCGAGCUCUCGCCCCGGAUCACCUGCCGCUGCGCUCCUAGCCUGUCAACACCGAGUGACCUUGAACAUUAACUGCGAUACCAAAGACCUUUAUGAAAUAUAUCCUGUUAAUCCUUACUUUUUGGUCCUAAACCUUCCGCCAAAUCAACGAAAACAAGUGUGAUGACACUGGAACGGUCUCCAAUUUUGAAACGUCGGGGCAGACGACUCGGUUCAAACGGACAAUCAGCUGUUCCAACUACGACGGCUGUAGGGGAAGAUGGCCGCCCCCACGCUGCCCCGCCGGAGCCCGCGCCAGGUUCGUCGAGAAGUGUCUCAACGAGUUUCGACGGUAAGAAAAGUGGAAAGAAAGCGGUAUCUGAGUCGAAAGACGGUGGUGUGGAACAGCAGAGGAGCGGAGAUGAGGAUCUAACCCCAGAAAAAGGAUUACCUGCGAGACCUGAGAGCUGCCAGGAAGGAGUUUGUAAGCAGAGCAGCUAGUGACACUCCCAGCACUCAACCACUAGUAAAUGCUGUAUCUUCUACCACUGUCUCCUCACCAUGGCUCAAAUCACCUGCUGUUACAAAGAGCACCACUGCUGUGGCUGCUCACCCUGACCUAAGCCAUGGAGAACCCGCCUCUGUAACUAAACAUGGAAGCAAAAGAGCUACCAGCACACCUAUCAAACCUGCUGCCACCAGGGACCAGAGCAUACCAACUGUAGAUGCCAGCAGUGACACUGACACUGAUAUAAGCCAUCUGAUAAACCAAAUGAGCCUGAAAACACCCCAGAAGCCACCACCGGCUCCCACACCAGCAGGGACGAAAGCUGGAGCAGUGCCGCGGCGCGGCAGCAAAAUGGACAUGCUGCGCCGCAAGUUCUCCGCCUCCAGUCCGAUAAAGUCGCCGACGGACCUGGGCAGCAGCGGCGGCGGCGCGUCGCUGGGCCGCGCCCGGACGCGCUCCCGCUCUUCGGUCAGCAUCCUCGACCAGAAGAUCAUCCUGAGCGGCAUCUCGGGCGACGAGGACUCGAGCUCCUCGGAGGACACCUCGUCCCCGAGCGCAAUCCGCACCGAGUCGGCGGCCGGCGCGCGCGGACCGGCCCGCUCGCCGUCGGGCGGUGAGGUCUCGGAGCGGCUGGAGCCGAGCGCGGCUGAGAGCGCCGUGCCGACGGUGCCGUCGGCCAGCUCUGUACAGACGGAGUCGGAGCCGACGGCUGGGACGGUGGCUACGGAGUCGGUGCAGACCGAGCGGCCGUCAGAGGGAUCCGCGCGGACUGAGGGAUCCACGGACACCGAGAGCGAGUCGACACUGAAGUCAGCGUCAGAGAGGACAGUGCAGUCGGAACGAGAGCGGCCCGAACGGUCACCGAAGUCUGGUUCAAAGACCGCAUCAGAGUCGGAGUCGGAGUCGGAAUUAGGAUCGGAGUCGGAAUCAAAAUCACAGGCUGAAGUGGCUUGGGAGAGAUCAACGGUCGAAAGCAGCAAAUCAACACCCAAGGCGGAAGCUGAUAAGACUGGCUCGCGAGAUCGCGAGAAGAAACGGCCAUCAACCCCAGCAGCGGCCAAAUCUCACCGGAAGCGCACUAAGGAAAAGAGCGCGAGAAGCGACCGCUCCUCUCCUAAUCGGCACCACAAGACGAAACACACCAACGCUGUCUUAUCCAAGCACCACCGUUCCCCUGUGAGAGGAACUCACUCUCCAGAUGAGCCUCGUCCAAAGGAUAGUCGACCCCGUCUGAGAGACGCCGGCGCAGACGGCAGAGAUCAUCGAGCGAACCGGGAUUCUAAGCGACGUGAGGAGUCGCGGCCGUCUCGCUCUGUGCGUCACACGAACUCGAGGCGGGGGCUGGAGAGGGCGCCGGGGGCCGACCCCGACUCUCCUUCAGCACGGAGGCGGAGACGGCGGAGGGACCGAGACCGAGACCGGGACCGGGACCGAGACCGCGACCGUUACGGAGAGCGCGACUCGAGCUGGCCGGAACGGGAGCGGACGGACGCCUCCGAGUCGCUGGUGGUCAGCUACCAGCGGCGGGUGGCGCGCUCCUCGGCUGCCUGCCGCCGCUGCCGCCAGGCCUGGCCGCCGCCGCCGGCCCCGGUGACGGUGGUGGUACCGCCGGCGGCGCUGGCGGCCGGCGCGGUGACGGACGCCGCGCGGCUCGGCGCUUCCACUGCCUCAGUUUUUGUUGACGCCGACGAGGACGCCGCGCUGGCGGCCAUCCUGACGCAGCAGGUGGUCCUGACGCGCCACUUCCUCGCCACGCAGAAGCAUCUGCACGAGAUGUACCGUCGCACGCUGCGAGAGACCCAGCGCCAGGUCUACACUCACAGGGAGGAUCUGAAGGCCAGCAGCCGCCGGCGGCGGAGGCAGCUCGACUCUCCGCUGGAGUGACCCGACCUCUAACACUGCGGGGUACUCCCACCGUGCUGAGACUGCCGAAUGGCCGUGGGAAGGAGGCCGGUGGUGGUGGAUAUGGUAAGAUUCAUGGAGAGGUAAAUAUGACAGCUCCACAGACGCUGACACCAUCUUCAGUGAUGAUCGAUGCAGUGUAUCAUGGUUGAGUAAUUGGUGUGAGAUGUUGAUCUCAGCGGAGAGCGUGGUACCGAUCUCACAGAUGGCGCCGACGUACAACAGCUGUGUGUGUGUGGUCUUGUGGUGCUGCUACGAUACAUUCCGUCCCUAUCAUGACCAAA